AUUAACGAUUGCGAAAAGGAUAAAAUACAAGGCAUUUUGCAAAGAUACUCCCAAUAUUCACGUAGAAGCUGUUCGUAGGUGUCAUCUGAAUGAUAUCGAAAACCUGGUGCCAUUUUUAUUUCUUGGGACGAUGUACUUAAAGACAAAUCCGUCACCUUUUGCAGCACUAUGGCACUUCAGAAUAUUUGCUUUAUCACGUCUUUUGCAUACUCCAGCAUAUUUAUUUACAGAUGGCCACGAGAUAAGAGGACCUAUAUUCAUGGCAGGAUAUGCGGUUAAUCUUUCCUUAGCCCUACAAUGUUUGGCCUACUACCUUUAAUUUUAUGUUAACUAUGACUCACAGAAACUGUUAAUGAUACUGUACUAUUAAUUUGUUAUCAGCAAAAUGCAUGCCUACAAUAAAUAUGUAGCUUCGAAGACACUGUGAAAAAAUUUUAAGUUACCGUCUUCCAUUUUGUAGUUUGUAAGGAUGAACAGGUAGUAAACUGUGAAUAAAAAUGUUUCCUAACUUCAUCAUUAUCUACAUCAGAGACAUUUUUGAUACUUUAAGCCUAUAAAACUGCAUGGAAAUUUAUGAAUCUAG